AACGCCGACGAAGCUGCGGUGAUGCGCUCGGCGUACGCAGACACACCUCCGACCUCGCGUGCAGCUUACGUCCUCACCUCUCCUUGCUUUGGCCGCGGAAUUCCGCGGUCACCAUCAACUCCACGCAACCUUCGAUCGGUAUCCGUCCGAAUCCGCUACCCUGACCCGGUCAAAUUCGUCAAUCAGCCGGCUCAAAUCACUGGGUUCACAUCGAACCCGGCUUACUCGACCCCUCAUCACUGUUGACGCCCGUCAGAUGGAAGGCAUCUUUACCGUACGCGUGUCGGCCGAGUAGUGGGGCUUGAGGCGAUUACAAAAGGAAGACGCAGCUUCCUCUCGCUCGCUCCCUCUCGCUUCGUUCCAUUGUGGCGUCUCGAGGGUGCGCUGCUCGCUCGCUUGAGGUUCUCGCGAUCGGUCGGUUUCCUUUUGGUCCAAGAAAGAGGCACUCGUCGGUCUCCUCUUCCUCGUCCCUCGAUUGUUCUCGUUGUCGGAUGACUUCUGCUAAUGGUACAUUGAGAUCUCUUGGUGGCUGACAUAUUCGAGCUAUAAUAAACAACUCUAGGAAGGGUAAUUCCAGAAUUCACUUUGUUGGAACACUGUUAUGAGAACAUAUCUGAUGGGUACCUACGAGCAAGACUCUGAGGCUUAUCGGUGGGAAGUUGGUCCUUUCCAUAAUUACCUAUUCGCAAACCCUCCAUAUUUUAUUGGCAGCACUGAGCAGGACUCGGUCUUUUAUUCCAGUCGUUGUAUUAGAGAAGAUGCUUCUGGAACUGCACGUGAUUUCACGGAAGAUCUGUUUGGCCAAUAUACAAGAGAAUACAGUUUUGGGGUUGAGAAUGGGCAGGAAGAGGUGUCUAAUUUUUGUUCUAGUCCCAGAGAAAACUCUUGUGAGGGGCUGUAUUCAUUGGAUGUAACAGAUGAGCAUUCUGCUGCAGAUGGUGAAGUUGGUAGAAGGCUAAAUCAGAUGGUUCCCAUCCCUCAUGUUCCUAGAAUUAAUGGACAAAUUCCUUCUGUUGAUGAAGCCACGUCGGAUCAUCAAAGACUUACAGACAGGUUGCAGUUGUAUGACUUGAUUGAGCAUAAGGUCCAAGGAGAUGGUAACUGUCAGUUCCGGGCACUGUCUGAUCAAUUAUAUCAAACACCUGAACACCAUGAGUUUGUGAGACAGCAAGUUGUUGAUCAGCUCAAGUCUCACUCUGAGAUCUAUGAGGGAUAUGUUCCAAUGCCAUAUGGUGACUACCUGAAUAAGCUUUCUAAGAGCGGCGAGUGGGGUGAUCAUGUAACAUUACAAGCAGCUGCAGAUUCAUAUGGAGUUAAAAUUUUUGUCAUAACAUCAUUCAAGGAUACUUGCUAUAUCGAGAUUCUGCCCAGUGUUCAGAAUUCUAACCGAGUCAUUUUCUUGAGCUUUUGGGCUGAGGUGCACUACAACUCAAUUUAUCCUGAAGGUGAUCUUCCUGCCGCAGACACAAAGAAGAAGAAAAAAUGGUGGCAGUUUGGAAAUAAGCAUUAAGGCCAUUUGGAUUACAGCGUUAAUACGAUACCGACUUGGAUUUGAAUAUUGGGUCAGACAAAUCACAGAUUUCAUGUUAUAUUAUAAUUCUCAGCUUCGCAAUAGCUUGUAGAUGUAUGUCUAUUCUGAUUUUACAUGCUACGUUCGUUAUCUAUUCAAUUCCUCUAUAGCUUACAUGAGCUGUGGCUAUGGUUC